AUGGGAAAUUGCUUAGCUCUAAGAGAAAAGUUUGUCCAGGUCACAAAAAUGGACGGUAAGAUCCUUGAAUAUAAGGCACCUUUGAAAGUACAUCAAGUUAUGUCGGAUUAUCCCGGCCAUGGAAUAUCUCAGACACUUUCGAUGACCCAACACCUCCUGCCUGAUGCUAAUAUGCAUGCAGGUCGUGUUUACUAUCUUUUACCACUCCCAGUUCCUUCACUGGAACUUGACAAGAAGUAUUCAAACACAAAGGAAGUAGCGGAACAGGAAAAUCAUGGAGUUGUGAGGAUUAAGCUGCUAAUUAGGAAGCAAGACUUGGAGAAGAUGCUAGGCCAAGGAGGAUCAGUUGAAGAACUGAUUUUGCAACUUCAAAACAAACAGUUGGUCCGUUCAUUCAAAAGAUUGGACAGUGAUGCUAGUAAAAAUUCUACAGGAUGGAAGCCAGUAUUGCCAAGUAUACCUGAAGCCUACUAG